AUGUCUGGCGUGAAGGAUUUCUCUUGCAUCGGAGGAUUGGAGAAGCACAUCCGUGUGGUAAAGGAGACGGUUCUGUUUCCGCUGAUGUAUGGUGAUAUUUACGCAAAGUUCAACCUGAAACCACCGAGGGGUUUGCUCUUUUAUGGGCCUCCUGGCACAGGGAAGACACUAGUGGCCAGUGCUUUGGCCGUAGAGUGCAGCAACUCUGAACGGAAGGUUUCCUUCAUAUCUCGCAAAGGUUCCGACUGCCUUAGCAAAUGGGUGGGCGAAAGCGAGAAGAAACUUCAGAAGAUUUUUUCCCUGGCGCAACAAUCGAAGCCUUGUAUAAUCUUUUUCGACGAAGUUGACGGGUUGGCGCCAGUAAGAUCCAGCCGGCAAGACUUCGUGCACGCCAGUAUUGUCUCCACUCUCUUGGCCUUGAUGGACGGCUUAGAGAACAAUUCAGAGAUCAUAGUAAUUGGAGCAACGAACAGAAUCGAUGCUAUAGAUCCAGCUUUAAGAAGACCCGGCCGAUUCGACAGAGAGUUGUACUUCCCGUUGCCAUGCUAUGUUGCGCGAAAAGAAAUACUCUCGGUUCACGUAAAAACUUGGAAGCAGAAACCACCGCUGAAAUUUUUCGCUUAUUUGGCCUCGAAGACGAUUGGAUUUUGCGGAAGCGAUUUGCAAGCUCUCUGCGCCGAGGCGGUCAUGUGCUGCGUUCGAAGGAAUUAUCCGGAGAUAUAUACGUCCAAGGCGAAAUAUCAGAUCAACGAGCGGCAUCUUAAAGUCGAGAAACAGGAUUUCGUGAAGGCCCAACAGAACAUUAUGCCAGCGUCCCAUCGAGUAUCUGUCGCGCCUGUGAAGUCUUUGUCAUUUAAGGUUCAACCUCUGAUGCAGGAAAAUUUGUCAUGCAUUCUAUCGCAGCUCGAGAUUCUUUGUCCGAUGGGAAUGUUGAUUUGCGACGUGAUUUGAGGGGAUCCUUUUGAUAGCUCUGGCAGGGCUGUAUCCAGGUCAAACAGUUGUCCUAGGAUUUUACUGUGCGGCGACGAUGACUCCCACACUCGUCAUUUGGGGCCAGCGUUGCUUCACACGUUAGAACAUUUACCCUGCCACGUGUUGGAUAUUAUGACUUUGUUCGAGGAAACCGGAAGAGCCGCGGAAGAAGCUAUUAUUCAAAAGAUGAAGACGGCUCGACGGAGUUUACCGUCAUUGCUCUACAUUCCUGACAUCUUAGCGUGGUGGGAUUUAGUAGAUGAGGCAGCACGCAUCGUUUUUACAUCGCUGAUGCAGGGCUUAGAUCAAUCGGUGCAUAUGUUAAUCUUGACUACGGCUAAUUGCACGCGAGAAAACUUGCCAGCAGAUAUCGCAUCUCUGUUCCCCGAGUACCAAGGAGAAGUGUUCGAAGUCAUACCCCCUGGACAGCAGCAGCGUGAAUCGUUUUUCAAGCAAUUAUUCGUUCACUCAGCAUGCGAUAUUGAAUCGAAUGGAUCAUCGCAAGAGAUAAACGUUAAAAGGAAGAACAGCGCGUCAGGUGCGGGAGGACCACCGUCUAAACGUACGAAAAACUUCUCCCCGAGUAAUUUAUCCGUGUCGAGCAGUGAAAAAAUGACCGAUUCGCAAACGGAAGAGCUGCUACGGAAGAUCGUCGAGACGACAGAAACGUGGCCGAGUUACGAUCUCGAAAGUCUGUACACCUCCCUCGAGCUGACACUGGAUAGGAGCGAAGAGGAUUUAUGCACGGCGUUUUUUUUCACUUUAAAGAAUUAA